AUGACUGCUACUUCUGUUAAAACAUCCACUAGCUCAUCUAGUUCAAACUCAAACCAAGGUGUCGUCACCUCUAAUGGUGCUGGUACCAAGAAACGUUUAUCGUUAUUUUCAUUUGGUUCAUCAAGUUCAACUGAUUCAAAGGAUAUUCAACCAAAAGAUUCAACUCCUCAUUUAAGUACUUCUCCAACUGAUAAAUCUGAUAGCACUAAUACUGUGGUUUCAAGUUCAUUUGAUAAUUUCCCAACUCUUGAUGAAGAACAUGAAUUACACCCUGAUUUAAUUGAUAAUCCUGAAUGUUCAAUUUUUGAAAGAUCAGUUCAAGAUUCUUGUUGUGUGUUUGAACCUCAAGCUUUAAAUCGUCAACAUUCUAAUUCUAUCAUUUCCACCAACUCUAUCAGAUCAAAAAGAAGUCAACAACAAGGUCCAGUAAGAUCUUAUAAUUCUUCGAUUUCGUUAAAUCAUUUCAAAUCGGAAGAUUUUAUCCCCCCAGCUUUGGAUGCUACUACUUCUCUUUUAAGUGAUAAGAAUACUGAUUUAGAUGAUGUCGAAUUGAUUUAUACUAAUCGUCGUAAUUCAUCUGUGAUUGGAUUAAAUAUGGCUUUAGGUAGACCAUUAAGUCCAUCUCGUAAGAAUUCAGUCUAUUCUUUAAAUCAACUGAAUCAAUUACCAAAUUUACAAACUGAUUUCACUUCGGGAAGUAAUCAAACUAGUCCAAGUCAAAUUCAAUCUCCAAUCUCCCCACCAAAAUUAACUCCUUCUAAAUCUUCAGUUAAUUUCUAUAGUUAUGCUGAUAUGCUUAAUAAUGAUGAAUUUGCUAGAAGACCAUCUAUAAAAACAUCUUUAAGUCAAGGUGUGGUACCAACAACUAAUUUCACUAGAAAUUCUUCCUUUAUAAAACAUAGAAAUCCAUCCACUUCUUCUCAAUUAUCAUCUCAAUUACAUAAAGAAAAGAAACAUAUGGUUCAUAAUAGAAGUCCAAGCAUUAAACCUGCCAGUUCAAAUUCAAUGAAUAACACUAAUUCAAUCACAACUUCAUUGAAUAAAUUUUUAAUCUCCCCUGAAUCAUCAGAUGAAGAAAAUGAAUAUACCAAGGAUAAACUUUCCAAUGCGGUGGUGAAUCAACCUCCAAAGAUUUCUAAUAAAAGAAAAUCAAUUUCUUCAACCACAAGUUCAAAUCAUAGUUUUAAUCCUGCUUUCAAUGAUAAUGAAAGUUUAAUCUCAACUUCAAUUGGAGAUUGUAUAAGACAAUCAACUACUGAAAUCAAUGGUCAUUAA